AGCAAUUUCACUUAUCUAUUACGUAAACAAGAUGCAAAUAAUUUACGAAGUAAGCUUCCGGUGACCUAGUUUUCGGCUCCGCCACCAAGAAGCAUGUCCUUCGAGAAGUUGCAGUAUUUGUCUGGAUUUGGAAACGAAUUUGCCUCUGAGGAUCCUAGGUGUCCCGGUGCUUUGCCAGAAGGACAGAACAAUCCUCAAAAAUGUCCGUUUGGACUCUAUGCAGAACAGCUGUCUGGGAGUGCGUUUACCUGUCCAAGGGAAACAAACAAGCGCAGCUGGCUAUACAGAAUACGGCCUUCAGUUGUCCAUAUGCCGUUUGAGCACACUGAAUCGGGACUGUUGAAACAGGACUGGAAAGAUACCAUCCCAAAUCCAAACCAGCUAAGAUGGCUGCCUUUCGACAUUCCCAACAAAUCAAAAGAAACAGUGGAUUUUGUGGAGGGGACAGCGACGCUGUGUGGUGCCGGAGAUCCGUGUACCAGAAGUGGUGCUGCUAUCCAUAUCUACACUUGUAACAGUUCAAUGGGUGACAAAUGUUUCUACGAUUCAGAUGGAGAUCUACUUAUAGUGCCACAGCAGGGGGCCUUGUUGAUUUCAACAGAAUUAGGGAAGAUGAAGGUGAACUCCAAUGAAAUUUGUGUAAUACAGUUAGGGAUGCGGUUUAAUGUGGCGGUAGAGGGGCCCAGCAGGGGGUAUAUACUGGAAAUUUUUAACGGUCAUUUCACACUUCCAAACCUUGGACCAAUAGGGGCCAAUGGCCUUGCUAAUCCCCGGGACUUCCAGACACCGACGGCAUGGUACGAGGAUCGUGAUGUGAAAAAGUACACAAUCAUUAACAAAUACCAAGGACAUCUUUUCAAAGCUAGUCAGACACAUUCCCCAUUUGAUGUGGUGGCCUGGCAUGGGAACUACGCCCCCUACAAAUAUGAUCUUGCCAAUUUUUGUACCGUAAACACAGUCUCUUUUGAUCACAUGGACCCUUCCAUUUUUACUGUGCUGACAUGUCAAUCAUCCAAACCAGGAGUUGCCAUAGCUGAUUUUGUGAUAUUCCCGCCUAGGUGGGGAGUGGCCGACAACACAUUCCGGCCGCCAUACUAUCAUAGAAACUGCAUGACUGAGUUUAUGGGUUUAAUACAUGGAUCUUACGAAGCAAAGGAGGAAGGAUUUCAGCCAGGUGGUGGGAGUCUACACAGCAUGAUGACUCCACACGGCCCUGAUGCUAAAUGUUUUGAAGGUGCCUCCAAUGCUCCUCUUAAACCCCAGCGUGUCGCGGACGGUACCAUGGCGUUCAUGUUUGAGUCGUCGUUCAGCUUAACGGUAACAGACUGGGGCAACAAGACCAAAGUGGACAACACAUACUACAAGUGCUGGCAGCCUCUCCAGAAACAUUUCAGUCCUCCAAAGGCCGACGUAACUGAUGGACCCAGCAAAGCUAAAAAGACAAAAAAAUGAUUGAUUUUAUUAUCAUGAUCUACAUGAAACCAAAUAGUAUUACGGCUUUACAUUUACAAUAGCACAGUGCAUAUAUUUUGUCAGAACAUGUACGAUGUUGAGGGUUGAUUAUUCUAGCGUCCAUUUCAUAUUCAGAGUCUAUCUUAUAGACAUUGUACCGGUAAUUUAUAUACAAAAUGUACAUGUAUUUGUAUGCCUAUUUAUGGCAUGUGGUAUGAUACGAUUUUCUGGCUGGCUUGGAGUCAAAUCUAUAUUACAUCCAUUUUCACCAAUUGUGAAGUAAAAAUGUACGUGUAUACAUGUAUGUGCAUGUAUCUUGGGAAAGCAAAGUUUACUGAAGCAUUACUAUAAACAACAAUAAGGUCAGUUUCAAAAUCAGAAGAAAAUAAUUUUCACAUAAUCCUUACUAUCCGUCAAUGUACACACCUGUCAAUGUACAUACCAGGUACACACCUGUCAAUGUACAUACCAGGUACACACCUGUCGAUGUACACACCAGGUACACACCUGUCGAUGUACACACCAGGUACACACCUGUCAAUGUACAUUCCAGGUACACACCUGUCAAUGUACAUACCAGGUACACAACUGUCAAUGUACAUACCAGGUACACACAUGUCAAUGUACACACCUGUCAAUGUACACACCUGUCAAUGUACAUACCAGGUACACAUCUAUCAAUGUACAUACCAGGUACACAUCUAUCAAUGAACAUACCAGGUACACACCUGUCAAUGUACAUGCCAGGUACACACCUGUCAAUGUACAUACCGGGUACACACCUGUCAAUGUACAUACCAGGUACACAACUGUCAAUGUACAUACCAGGUACACACCUGUCAAUGUACAUACCGAGUACACACCUGUCAAUGUACAUACCGGGUACACACCUGUCAAUGUACAUACCAGGUACACAACUGUCAAUGUACAUACCAGGUACACACCUGUCAAUGUACAUACCGAGUACACACCUGUCAAUGUACAUACCAGGUACACACCUGUCAAUGUACAUACCGAGUACACACCUGUCAAUGUACAUAACGGGUACACACCUGUCAAUGUACAUACCGAGUACACACCUGUCAAUGUACACACCAGGUACACACCUGUCGAUGUACACACCAGGUACACACCUGUCAAUGUACACACCUGUCAAUGUACAAAACAGCUACACAUCUGUCAAUGUACAUACCGAGUACACUCCUGUCGAUGUACAUACCGGGUACACUCCUGUCGAUGUACAUACCGGGUACACACCUGUCGAUGUACAUACCGGGUACACACCUAGCUGUCGAUGUACAUAACGGGUACACACCUGUACAUACCAAGUACACUCCUGUCGAUGUACAUACCGGGUACACUCCUGUCGAUGUACAUACCGGGUACACUCCUGUCGAUGUACAUACCGGGUACACACCUGUGAACAUUUUGUUUGGUCAGAUGCUAGUCUUUGUCACAACCAACUUAUAUUUGUUAUACAUAUUUGUUUUUUUGGUGUAUCUAAUUGUUUAUGUGGUUGAAUCUCAGAGCACAAAUUAUACAAAACUGGUCCUUCAUUGUCUCAAAUAUACGUAUAUAUAAAAUACAUCCUUUUGUUUACAUCACACUAAAACCCAAUGUGAAUCAUUUUAAUGUCUGACUUGAUAAACAGUCUUAAUUUUUCCGACAAUCCUCUUUCUAAAUGUCAAUUUCUAGAAGUCUACCAUUUCUUUUACCCUUCUUUUAUAUAUAUAUAUAUUGGGACCAUCUUAAAUUUGACACUAUAUGAAAAAAAUUAAUGUAACUGUAAACAUACCAGGUAUGUAUGUCUGUUUUAAUAAUUAUAAUCUGAUCGAGUCGGAGUAUCCAGCAACUUAAUUUUUACUCAAAGUAAGAAGAUGUCAGAUGUCAGUGUUAUGUAAUAAGGACAAUCAAUCAGAAUCAUUAUAUAUAUAUAUAUGUAUAUUUAAUUUUUACAAAAAUGAAUUUAAUUUUGUAUACAUAAUUCAAAUACCAAAACCACACAAAAACUAAUUAUAUUAAUCUUAAUGAAAGUGAAUAACUACCAUUUUAAAAGAAAUUCCCUGACCUGAGUGUUUCCAUCCUAAUCAACAACAGUGACAAUGUAAUAUACCUUGUAACUGGGGUAAAGGGCUAUCAAGUUAUUUCAAAUGAAUGAACUUGACCUACUUUCACGGUCACAGGGGUCUUAUAGGCCAAAAUUUUACCCAAAUACCCAGAAACCUGAUAGUGGGCCUGUAGUAUGCUGGGAUGAAAGGCUACAAAAUUUAAUUGAACGAAUCUAGCCUAUUAUUAUAUUUGAACAAAGUGUUAAUCUGCAUAUAUAACAUAAAUCAACUUUAAAGCUAUUAUAAGCGAUACAGGCCUAUUGGGCCUCUUUUUGAUUGUGUAUUUACAUUACAUGCAAUAUGGUUUGAUAUUUCAGGUAUAUUGGUUUGUUAUCAAGUGCCUUUAUACCAGACAUGGUUUUACGGUGACCACGGUGGCCGAGUGCUUAAUGUGUCCCGACACUUUAUCACUAGCCCUCCACCUCUGGGUUGUGAGUUCGAAACCUACGUGAGGCAAUUGCCAGAUACUGACCGUAGGCCGGUGGUUUUUCUCUGGGUACUCCCGCUUUCCUUCACCUCCAAAACCAGGCACGUCCUUAAAUGACCCUGGCUGUUAAAAGGACGUUAAACAAAAAAACAAACAAACAAAACAAUCAGAACAAUCAGACAUGGUUUACACUGUCAAACACACUGCAUCAUCACCAACCUAUAUCAAUCGCAAAUCUAGUCACAACCUUCAAAAUCAAAAGGUGAAAAGGCGUGAACAGUCAGCUAGUAGGAAAGCCAUGUAACAAAUUUUAUUUUAUGCUUCUUAAAUUGUAUGUACCGAGUAGAAUGUUUAAGCCUUUAAUACUUCAAUUAUUUUAGCUUCCUGUUAGCUAUAUUGAUGUGACCUAUAUUGGGUCAACCUGAUAAAAUCAGGCGAGUUGUCAUCACCACACAUAUAUUAUUCCACAAUCAAUACUUCAAGUUUAGAUUUUUCAUGGGUAAUAAAUCUCAUACCUAUGUAUGUGGCUGAACUUUCUUAUCACGAUGACUGGGAUUUAUAGAAUCGUACAUGGGUCAGAUCUGUGGACAGGGAUAUCACAAAACGAGUGUAAGAGCUUGGCUGGUCAGCAAGAGGCUAAUGUUGAGUAUUGGUCAGUCAAAUUCUUACACGAGGGUCGAGAUAUCCCAUGUUCGAUUAUUAUUUUUUUCAGAUGCUUAAUAAAAACAGUGACAAAUUCUAAGGUGUUAUGAAAUCUUUUAAUCGUCAUCAAGGUCCUAUGAAAUGUGUGCAGACACUGAUGACGUUAUCAAUUUGCGACAUGGUUACGCUUCAUAAAAUGACGAUCUAUU